AUGCCCGUUGACUUUUUAACAAGUGUUGCAUUCGAUGGUCCAGAAGUAAUACCAUACUGGGAACAGAUAAAACAAUAUGGCCCCACAGUAAUACCCAUUCUUGCUAGUAUCGCCCUAGGCAAAUACUACUUUCGCGGUGCCACCAAUACUUGGGAACGUGAUAUGCACGGGAAAGUGUUUAUGAUAACUGGUGGUACUUCAGGAAUUGGUGCAGCAUUGGCAUACGAACUUGCCAAUAAAGGUGCCCAACUAAUACUUUUAACAAGAAGGACAAAUGAUUUAUGGGUGGCGGAGUAUAUUGAAGAUUUACGUGAUCGUACCAAUAAUCCAUUAAUUUAUGCUGAACAGUGUGAUUUGAAUUCACUUUAUUCAGUGCGUAAAUUUGUCACGAGUUGGUUGGAUAAUGCUACUCCAAGACGAUUGGACGGUGUUAUUUGUUGUGCUGCUGAAUCGACCCCAAGGAAUAUCCCUCGUCAAAUUACCGUGGAUGGAGUUGAAAAACAAAUGGGGAUCAAUUAUUUGAGCCAUUUCCAUUUAUUGACUUUAUUAGAACCAAGUUUGAAACUGCAGCCUCCUGACAGAGAUGUACGAGUGUUGAUUGCCACUUGUUCAUCACAAAAUUUAGGUGAAGUUGAUUUACAAGAUUUGUUAUGGGAAAAUAAACAAUAUCCUACUAGUCAACCUUGGAAAGUUUAUGGAACGUCAAAAUUGUUGCUUGGUAUAUUUGCUAAACAUUAUCAAAAGCAGUUGAUGCAAUAUGAACGUAAAGAUAAAGCACCGUGUAACAUUCGUAUUAAUUUGGUCAAUCCGGGGUUAGUGAGAACUCCCUCAACGAGAAGAUUCAUUUCAAUGGGGACAUUAUGGGGGUUGAUUCUUUAUUUAAUUACAUUUCCUGUAUGGUGGUUAGUAUUGAAGAGUGUUUUUCAAGGAGCACAAACAUUUUAUUUUGGAUUGUAUGCUCCUUUGUUGAUGCAAACGGAAGGUGGUUGUUUGUUACAAGAGUGUAAGAUUAUGACUAAAGUAAGAAAAGAAAUGGAUGAUGAAGAAUUACAGGAAAAAGUGUUUCACAAUACUACUGAAUUAAUUAAGAAAUUGGAGAUACAAUCAGCAAUUGAACGUAAAAAGAAUAAAACAAAGGAAGAAAUUGAACAAGAACGGGAAGCAGAAUUGAAAAGAAAAAGAGAUAUCAAUGUUCAGCCAAAGACUGCUGAUGAAUUAAACCACAAGUUGAAUACGUUGCGAAGUCAAAUUGGAAUGGGUGGCGGAUCAUCAUCAUCCAUGACCAAUAGUGGGAAUGAGUUGCCUUUGUUUCCUGAUGAAUCUGAUUUAAAAAAUUUAAAUAAUGGUAACAACAAUCUGAAACAAGUGACGAAUAAAAAGUCACUGAAAAAGAAGGGCAAGGGUCAAGGCAAGAAGUAG